CUUAACUUACAUAGGAGACACAAUAUCAACAACUUAUUGUUCCUUUGGUUCGAACAAUUUUACCAAAAAAAUGAGUGAAGCAAAGAAGGGUCACGUACUGUUUUUUCCAUAUCCAUUACAAGGCCACAUUAACCCAAUGAUCCAACUCGCUAAACGCUUAUCCAAAAAGGGCAUCACCAGCACACUCAUCAUCGCCUCCAAAGACCACCGUGAACCUUACACCUCCGACGACUACUCCAUCACCGUCCACACCAUCCACGACGGUUUCUUUCCACAUGAACACCCUCACGCCAAGUUCGUAGAUCUUGACCGUUUCCACAACUCUACUUCUCGAAGCCUGACCGAUUUCAUCUCUAGUGCGAAGUUGUCGGACAAUCCUCCAAAAGCUCUGAUCUAUGAUCCAUUUAUGCCCUUUGCAUUGGACAUAGCCAAGGACUUGGAUCUAUACGUAGUGGCAUAUUUCACUCAACCAUGGUUGGCUAGUCUUGUUUACUACCAUAUCAACGAAGGCACCUACGAUGUUCCCGUUGAUAGACACGAGAACCCAACACUUGCAUCGUUUCCUGGUUUCCCAUUGUUAAGCCAAGAUGAUCUGCCUUCGUUCGCCUGCGAAAAAGGGUCGUACCCUCUUCUACACGAGUUUGUGGUUAGGCAAUUCUCUAAUUUAUUGCAAGCUGAUUGCAUUCUCUGCAACACUUUUGAUCAACUUGAACCAAAGGUAGUGAAAUGGAUGAAUGAUCAAUGGCCGGUGAAGAACAUUGGACCGGUGGUUCCAUCGAAGUUCUUGGAUAACCGGUUGCCAGAAGACAAAGAUUACGAACUCGAGAACUCCAAGACAGAGCCAGACGAGUCUGUUUUGAAGUGGUUGGGAAACAGGCCGGCGAAGUCGGUGGUUUACGUGGCGUUUGGGACAUUGGUGGCUUUGAGCGAAAAACAGAUGAAGGAAAUUGCAAUGGCGAUUAGCCAAACCGGAUAUCACUUCUUGUGGUCUGUUAGAGAAUCCGAGAGAAGCAAACUACCCUCUGGUUUUAUCGAAGAGGCAGAGGAGAAAGACUCUGGACUUGUGGCUAAGUGGGUUCCUCAGCUAGAGGUUUUAGCACAUGAAUCAAUCGGGUGUUUCGUGUCACACUGUGGAUGGAACUCGACAUUGGAGGCACUAUGCUUAGGGGUUCCAAUGGUGGGCGUGCCUCAGUGGACUGAUCAGCCCACAAAUGCUAAGUUUAUAGAGGAUGUGUGGAAGAUUGGGGUUAGAGUGAGGACCGAUGGAGAAGGGCUUUCGAGUAAAGAAGAGAUUGCGAGAUGCAUUGUUGAGGUCAUGGAAGGAGAGAGAGGGAAAGAGAUAAGGAAGAAUGUUGAGAAGCUUAAGGUGUUGGCUCGCGAAGCUAUCUCUGAAGGAGGUAGUUCCGACAAGAAGAUUGAUGAGUUUGUUGCUCUUUUGACUUAACAAUUUGAAACUGAGAUGUCAUCAGUUUGUUAGUUGAUUACCUAAUAACGGCUUCUUUGUCAUCUAAAUUUGAAUUAUCCUGUUGGUUCCAUUGGUUGUCCCCUGCGAACAAAUCCAUAUAUGAACUCUGUAUUAAAAAACGGAGAUGUUUGAAUUUGAAGCAUAACAAGAAUAAAGAGCUUUCUUGAUACUUAUAU